AUGUCUCAUCAUCUUGACACACUAUCACCAUUAUUUUCAUCACCACUUAUUCGUUCUAAGUCUAAAAUACAAUCAACAAAGUCAUCUGUUGUUAAAAAUCUUCAAAUUCUUUUCGAUGAACAAUCAUCAUUACCCUUAGUAAAACGUUCAUCUCAUCCAGAUCUUAAACGUAUAUCAUCACAAACGCUUGGAUCUCUUUUGGAUAAACAAACAAAUAAUAUAUUAAUUAUUGAUGCUCGUUAUCCAUUUGAAUAUUCUGGUGGUCAUAUUACUUCAGCUAUUAAUAUAUAUACUGAAAAUGAUCUACGUUUAUUAUUUACUAAAUUAAUAUCAUCAUCAUGUCGUCCAUCAAUAAUUAUUUUUCAUUGUGAAUUUUCAUCUGAACGUGGUCCACGACUUUGUCGUUUAUUUCGUUCAUUAGAUCGUCAAUAUAAUAUAUCAAACUAUCCUUAUUUAUCAUUUCCAUCAAUUUAUUUACUUGAUGGUGGUUAUGCAGAUUUUUAUAAACAUUCAUUUUGUAAACAACAUUGUGAACCGAAAUCUUAUAUAUCAAUGUAUGAACAACAGUAUACACAAGAGUUAAAAAUAUAUCGUCAUGCAAAAAAAAUUGCGAAUGGAAGAAUUACAACUAAAAAAUUAAUUGAACAACAAACAGGUCCUAUCCAAUUUUGUUUAUCGUAA